GGACCGCUACCCCUGCUGCAGAUCCCCUCCACAGCUUUGCGGAGGUGGUAGGUAUUUCCACCUAAGCAUCUGAGCGGCGCAGAAGCAGCCAAGAGUGCAACCCGACACGGUGCGCGCUGAACCUGGGAGUCCUGGAAGGGUCUCUUAUGAGGCUGACCUGCAUCCUGCAAACUCUCUCCGGUCUCUGACCUGCUGUCCGGGGGAUGGAUCUGGACCAUAGGAGGGGAUCUGGCGCCUCUGCUGUACUGACCUGUGUGAUAAUCUGCCUUAAUGUGCCAUACCUUGUCGGCGCGCAUCUGUACAACAACCGCUACGCAGGCGACCAAGUCUUCAGGAUUACCCCAACUAAUGACGUGGAGGUACAAGCCCUCAAGAAAAUCCUCGGACAGAUUAAGGUGGACUUCUGGCAGCCCAACAGUGCUUCUCUAAUUCAUCAAAAUGCCACAGUGGAUGUUCAUGCGAAACAAAAUGACACACAAGAUCUGCAUGCCCGAUUUAAGCUGGAAAGGAUCAAAUAUCGGGUGUUUAUCUCCAAUCUGCAGAAAGAAAUUGAAAAGCAGACAGGAUAUCGCUCCUCUCGCAAGCGGAGGUCAGAGUCUCAGUAUGACUACGAGAUUUACCACUCGCUGGAAGAGAUUCAGAACUGGAUGUUUGAAAUGAACAGAAGUCACCCUCAGCUGGUUACUAUGUUCUCCGUCGGGAAGUCAUAUGAAGGAAGACCUCUUUAUGUGUUUCAGCUAGGAAAGAGAAGCCGUCCACAAAAAAAAUCUGUGUGGAUUGACUGUGGCGUUCAUGCCAGGGAAUGGAUUGGACCUGCUUUUUGCCAGUGGUUUGUCAAAGAGGCACUCAGCUCAUACAAGUAUGACUCCGUGAUGACACGGCUACUCAACCAACUUGACUUCUUUAUCAUGCCUGUCUUCAAUGUGGAUGGAUAUCACUUCAGCUGGAACACGGAUCGGUUCUGGAGGAAGACUCGCUCCAAAAAUCACAAGUUCCACUGUCGAGGAGUGGAUGCCAACAGAAACUGGAAGGUGAAAUGGUGCAAUGAGGGCGCUUCCUCCCAUCCGUGUGACGACACCUACUGCGGUCCCUUCCCCGAAUCUGAACCCGAAGUCAAAGCAGUCGCCAAGUUUCUGCGCAAGCACAAGGAGCGCAUGAAGGCGUACAUAUCCAUCCACGCCUAUGCGCAGAUGCUCCUUUACCCGUACUCCUACAAGUACACCGCAAUCCCCAACUUUAACUGUGUGGAGUCAGCUGCUCAGAAUGCAGUGGCAGCGCUGUAUUCUGCAUAUGGAGUGAGGUACAGAUACGGACCUGCCUCCACAACCUUGUAUGUUAGCUCCGGCAGCUCUAUUGACUGGGCUUACAGGAAUGGGAUUCCCUAUGCGUUUGCAUUUGAGCUGAGGGAUACGGGUCAUUUUGGUUUCCUCCUGCCUGAGUCACUGAUCAAGCCCACCUGCACUGAGACCUUGAGAGCCGUGAAAGCCAUAGCGUCGGGUCUGCUGAAGAAGUGCAACACAGAGAAGAACAGAUUUCCAUAUAUAUGAACAAUACUCUUGUUGAAUUUCUAACUCCUCCCAGACGUUAUUGGGUGAAGAACUCAAAAAGACAUCCAGCAAAUUAAUGUCAUUGAUUUGUUUUGAUUUUGCAUUUAGGAAAUGGUCAUGGUGGCCUCAGAGUGCCUGUAUAAAAUUAUUUUUCACAGCAAAUGGUAGGGAUGUGAGCACUUGACAAGCUAUGGUGGCACUUUGAAAGUCAAAUGAAAAAUUACUUUUGAUAUUAAAACAAUUAAACAACCUGUC